CCAAAUUUUGCCUCUCUGUUGCAUGGCAUAGUUAUUUUUAUAACUGACACUCAACUCUUUGAGCCAAUCAGAGUCCAGAGAAUCUAAGGAAGCAUUGGCUAGAGUUACAGGAAUCUCUACCAGCCUGUCUGCAAACUUCACUUCAACAGGUCUUCCUACUUCUCUUUUUCUCUCUUCAUCUGCUUCCGAAACUUAAAAACCCUUGAACAGAUGCUGGAUGUGUUGGUAGUCGGAGCAGGUCCUCAUGCUCUCAUUCUAGCUACCCUGCUCUUGAACCCACAGCAGCAUGUCAACAACUCAAAUGCGGAAAUCCUUAAGGGGGUACAACUCAGCAAGACAAACCCAAAGACUGGACGAUCCAAGAGCAAGAGGCGAUCUGCAGAUCUACCAUCAGAGCUUCACAAAGACCCAGAAAGUACACCAUGUCCUCCUUUGAACUUUAAAGUGGUAGAUUCUUAUGGAGAAUGGGCUUCCUUGUGGGAGAGCCAGUUCACUGCUCUCAAUAUCCCUCACCUUCGCUCACACAUGCUGGUGCACACUAAUCCCCUCAAUAAGAAAGCCCUGCAAGAUUUUGUGCUUGCAGAGGAUCGUGUAGCUGAGCUUCACUCUCUCCCUGAGAGGAUCUACAUUCAGGAUAAGAAUGCCUUCUUCAAUGACGGACGCCUUGGCAAGCAAAACAGGAAGCUUCUCAGUUCUGUGCAAGGCUUGCAAAAAAACUUAUAUUUUAGCCUGCCAGGAACUCAGCUCAGUGUGGACUUCUUCAAGGAGCAGGUGUGCAGUUACAACCUGGACCGUGUCCUCAUCAAAGGCACUGUGGACCGAAUUACUCCAGUUGUCUUUGAAAAGCGAAAGAAAGUCAAAUACUUUCAAGUGAUUCUAGACACCGGGGAGACUCUUGAGGCGAAGAGGCUGGUGCUCGCCACAGGACCCACCAGAGAACAGAUGGCAAAUAUCCCAUCAUGGGUAAAAACAAUUGCAGAGAGUUACCCUGAACAGAGGCUACAGCAUACAGUGGAACUGAUGCACCUACUCUCUCAACAUAAAGCUAAAGGCAAUCAUGUUAAAGGUCCACCUGUUGUAUGCCUUAGGAAUCAAAGAGUAAUGGUGAUCGGUGGGGGCUUGACCAGUGCCCACAUCAUCUCCAUGGCUCUGCAACAAGGUGCAAGUCACGUGACCUGGGUCUUGCGCAAACACUUGCAGCUCAAGCAGUUUGAUGUUGGCGAUGUGGAGAGUCUGAUCGGACGCUACUCCCACGUUGAGCACGGCAUCAAGCUAGACGGACUGGCCUACCUGCGGCAGUUCUAUGGAGAGAGGAGUCUACACAGGAGACUUGCAAUGGUCAAACAGGCACGUAAAGGAGGAGCUGUGACUCCAGAGGCUUAUGCACAGCUGCAGCCUUUUAUUCAGUCAGGACAUCUGCAUGUCAAGGCAUACUGCCAGGUGACAGAGGCAGCAUGGUGCUAUGAAACUCAAAGCUGGAAGGUCUCCCUUUGUGAUGGUCAAAAAUGGACUGGUGAAAGGAUCUGGCUUGCAACCGGCUGCAAGCUCGAUGUCAAUCAGGACCCCUUACUCUCAGACAUCAAAAAGCAAUUCCCAAUUCAGGUGCUUGAAGGAUGGCCGUGUAUCUCGGAGACUCUCCGGUGGUCUCCCGAGUGUCCUGUUUACCUGAUGGGACAAUAUGCAGCACUUCAGGUUGGUCCCCAUGCUGUGAACCUUGCAGGAGGUCAGGCAGCAGCUUUGCGCAUCGCCAGGGACAUCAUGGAUGAACACAGCAGUCAGGAACAGCACAUCGAAACCGCCAAAAUGGAAAAGACACGAUUUCAGGAGUACAUUUCCCACAUGCAUGGCCUCAUGUGGCUAUGAUUGUGUUUUGCUACCCAUAACAUAGACAUUUCAUUUUGAGUGGACAAUCUUGCACUGUAAGUGAAAUGCGGAUGCUUUGAUGCUGUUUACAUGCAUUUGAAGGGUUCUGCGUCCUUGUCGGAUAAGAACAUCCUGCUUUGACUUGCCUUCCAGGAAGUUAAGACUGCAUAUAGACCAUCAUAAGAGAGCAGCACAGUGUAUAAACUCAUACAGAUAGACCUUCAUCAACUGUUCACCCUUGUAGAUUAUUGUUUUAUGGCUUAGCCGAGCUCUUGGUAUUUUUUCCCGAGCUUCUGAAUGCUCUGUUUUAUUCUUGGUUACAAAGUGUCUCUGUAUUCAUAAAGUCAAAUGACUUUCAGCAAUGCACACAGCGUCUGAGCUUCUUCUUCUUCCGUCUCUUGUUUGUGUCCUGAAAUUCAACUUUAACAUUACAACUUUGGUCACGCGGUUUUGAAUCAGGCACUGAUGUGUUUUGAAGCAAACAAUUUUUACCCCAGAGCUUUAGUUUAACAUCGAUCAGGAGGAGAAUGUGAUCUCAGUAUUGCCAUGUCUGUUUUAAAUAUAUAUACACUGAACAAAAU